UCAAGUCAAGACAGUUGGACGUCAGCAACAGCAGCAACAGCUGUCCUGGGAACUGGCUCAGUAACCCUGACUCUUCACAGCCCAGAAAAGCAAGGAAAGUGCUGGCUUCACACUUUAAACUAACAGACAGAAGCAAACGGCUUCUGCUUGGACUUUAAAGGCAUUUCCCAUUAAACGGUGUGCUGACCCUUCAUCAGUGCAAACAGAAGCAAUCAACAGUGACUGACAAAUGAUCAAAACCAUCUAAUCCAAAAAGUAUCCUUGACAAGAGAAACAAAGUGUUAAUCCCUUGAGAGCAGAAUGAAAACAUGGCACCCAAGGCACUGCACUGCAAUCCAGACUUAUUUCAUCCCUUCACAAGAGAGUCCCUUGCAGAAAUUGAAAAGCGCAUUGCAAAGGAAAAGGCAGCCAAAGCUAAAAGCAAAUAUGUAGAAAGUGAGGAGGUGGAAAGGAAACCUAAUGCUCAUCUCGAGGCAGGAAAACCAUUGCCGUUUAUUUAUGGAGACCCGCCACCUGAAUUUAUUGGUGUGCCACUGGAGGACUUAGAUCCAUUUUAUAAAAACAAGAAAACAUACAUAGUCUUAAACAAAGGGAAGACAAUUUUUCGAUUCACAGCAACAUCAGCUCUCUAUAUAAUAAGUCCGUUUAAUCCAAUUCGACGGGGAGCCAUGAAAGUACUCAUUCAUGCAUUAUUUAGCUUUUUCAUCAUGGUGACCAUUCUUACAAAUUGUGUAUUUAUGACGAUGAGUGAUCCCCCGCCUUGGUCAAAAAAUGUUGAGUACACAUUCACUGGUAUCUACACAUUUGAGUCAUUAGUAAAGAUUCUGGCUAGAGGAUUUGUUAUUGAUGAUUUUACAUUCCUACGAGACCCAUGGAACUGGCUGGACUUCAGUGUCAUUGUUAUGGCAUAUGUUACAGAGUUCGUAGAUUUGGGUAACGUUUCUGCACUUAGGACAUUUCGAGUUCUCAGAGCACUCAAGACUAUUACUGUUAUACCAGGACUGAAAACAAUCGUUGGUGCCCUGAUCCAGUCUGUGAAAAAACUUGGAGAUGUGAUGAUCCUGACCGUAUUCUGUUUGGCUGUCUUUGCACUAAUUGGACUCCAACUCUUCAUGGGUAACUUACGACAUAAAUGCGUUAAAUGGCCCCCAGUUUUUGAUGACACACUAAUGAAUGAAACACUGGGACCAUUUAAUGAUACAUGGAGCAGCAAUACAACUCUGUUUGAUACAUUUGGAAAUACAACACUCUCUAACACAACUGAUUUUGGCAAUGCAACCUUUGACUGGGAUGCUUACAUACACAAUACAGAAAACUUCUACUUUUUGGAAGGAGCAUUAGAUGCGCUACUAUGUGGGAACAGCUCAGAUGCUGGGAGGUGCCCAGAAGGUUAUGUAUGCAUGAAAGCAGGACGGAAUCCCAAUUAUGGUUAUACUAGUUUUGACAGCUUCAGUUGGGCUUUCUUGGCUCUCUUUCGCCUCAUGACCCAAGACUUUUGGGAGAAUUUGUUCCAGUUGACACUCCGAGCUGCUGGAAAGACCUACAUGAUAUUCUUUGUGGUGAUCAUUUUCCUUGGCUCUUUUUACCUGAUUAACUUGAUCCUCGCUGUGGUUGCCAUGGCAUAUGCAGAGCAGAACGAGGCCACCCAACUGGAAGCCAAACAGAAGGAGGAAGAAUUCCAACAGCAACUGGAGCAGCUGAAGAAACAGCAAGAGGCACAUAACCUCGCUACACGCAGCAGUAAAGGUUCUCUGUCUAGUGGUGAUGCUUCUAAACGGCAAAGUAUGGUAUACGAUGCUCAGCUGGAUGGGUCACCUGGUACAGGGGAUGAUGCUGGAAAGCCGGGGAACUGCAAUGGGAAAGGCCCUCCCAUGGUUGUCAUUGACAGGUUCUCAAUGGAGAAUGAGUCAGAAAGCACAGACCAUGGACUGGAGAAGGGGAGCCAAGAACUUCCGUCACUAGAUUACUUGAAGGAACCAGCUCUUGAGAAGGCUGCAAGUAUGCACACUGUUCUAACCACAGUAGAAGAGUUAGAAGAAGCCCAACAGAAAUGCCCCCCAUGGUGGUACAAAUUUGCCAACAAAUUUCUUAUCUGGGACUGCUGUGAACUGUGGGUGAAAUUUAAAGAGAAAGUAAAGUUUGUGGUGAUGGAUCCAUUUGUUGACCUGGGGAUUACAAUCUGUAUUGUGUUAAAUACUCUCUUUAUGGCAAUGGAACAUUAUCCCAUGACACACGAGUUUGAAAACGUUCUCUCUGUGGGAAACCUGGUCUUCACAGGAAUCUUCACAGCUGAGAUGGUCUUUAAAAUCAUUGCCUUGGACCCAUAUUACUACUUCCAAGUAGGCUGGAACAUUUUUGACAGCAUCAUCGUCACCCUUAGCCUUGUGGAACUGGGGCUGGCCAAUGUUCAAGGUCUCUCUGUUCUUCGAUCAUUCCGAUUGCUGAGGGUGUUCAAACUGGCAAAAUCCUGGCCAACACUUAACAUGCUGAUCAAAAUCAUCGGCAAUUCUGUGGGAGCGCUAGGAAACCUCACUCUUGUCCUUGCUAUCGUUGUUUUCAUCUUUGCUGUGGUGGGGAUGCAGCUGUUUGGAAAAAUGUACAAGGACUGUGUAUGUAAAAUUUCUUCUGACUGCAUACUACCACGCUGGCACAUGACCGACUUCUUUCAUGCCUUUCUGAUUGUGUUCCGGAUUUUGUGUGGAGAAUGGAUUGAGACAAUGUGGGACUGCAUGGAGGUGGCAGGCCAGCCUCUCUGCCUGAUUGUCUUCAUGAUGGUAAUGGUAAUCGGGAACCUUGUGGUGUUGAACCUCUUCCUUGCUUUGUUGCUCAGCUCCUUCAGUGCAGAUAAUCUGUCUGCAUCUGAUGAAGAUGGAGAGAUGAACAAUCUACAGAUAGCAAUAAACAGGAUUACCAGAGCAAUAAACUUCAUAAAGCAAAUGAUAACGAAACUAUUCUGUCGGAAAAAAGCAGACAAAAGUGAUGAUUUUGACGACUUCAGAAAGGACAACUACGAUCUAAAUCAUAUGGUCAUCCUGCAGGACUCAAAGUCUGAUCUAAAAAUGUUGGAUGGAAUAACAGCAAAAGAGCAGCUAUUUGUUGAUGAAAUGGACCAAAUGAACUGUAUAACAGACCGUAACUUAACAGUCCGGGUACCCAUUGCAGUUUUGGAAUCUGAUUUGGAAAACCCUGAUGAGGAGAGCUCUGACACAGACAUAGAUGAACCAGAAAAGAAAACCGAUUAUCCAAAGCCCUUACCUAGGAUUAAGGCAAGAGCAGAUGACAAGGAAUCAUCUAUAGGCAGCACUGCAGACUACAGGCCGUCAGAGCAAGAGAUGGAGGUCAUUGCUGAAGAAGAUCCUGAGAAAGACCAGCCAGAAGAAUGCUUCACUGAAGCUUGUGUGAGGCGCUGCCCCUGCUUGACUGUUGAUAUUACACAAGGCAAAGGAAAAACAUGGUGGAACAUUCGUAAAACCUGCUUUAUAAUUGUGGAACAUAACAUUUUUGAAACCUUCAUCAUCUUUAUGAUCCUGCUGAGCAGUGGAGCCUUGGCAUUUGAAGACAUCUACAUUGAACAGAGGGCAGUUAUCAGGACAAUUCUAGAAUAUGCUGACAAAGUGUUUACCUACGUAUUUGUUCUGGAAAUGCUUCUGAAAUGGACUGCAUAUGGAUUCAAGGUUUACUUUACUAAUGCUUGGUGCUGGCUGGAUUUCCUGAUUGUUGAUGUAUCUCUUAUCAGUUUAACAGCAAAUUGGAUGGGCUACUCAGAACUCGGAGCCAUUAAAUCUCUACGGACACUUAGGGCUUUGCGACCUUUAAGAGCUCUGUCUCGGUUUGAAGGCAUGAGGGUGGUGGUCAAUGCUCUUUUGGGUGCCAUCCCUUCAAUUAUGAAUGUAUUGCUUGUCUGUCUCAUCUUUUGGCUCAUAUUUAGUAUUAUGGGGGUCAACCUAUUUGCUGGAAAAUUCUACAGAUGUAUCAACACCACCACCUCAGAGGUCAUUGACAUCGAAAUAGUGAACAACAAAACAGAGUGCAUGAAUCUCAUGUACACAGGAGAAGCCCGCUGGGUGAAUGUGAAAGUAAACUUUGACAACGUUGGUUUAGGAUACCUUUCCUUGCUACAAGUGGCUACAUUCAAAGGCUGGAUGGAUAUCAUGUAUGCAGCAGUGGAUUCUCGUGAGAUUGAAGAUCAGCCUUCGUAUGAAAUUAACCUCUACAUGUACCUCUACUUCGUCAUCUUCAUCAUCUUUGGGGCCUUCUUCACUUUGAACCUCUUUAUUGGUGUUAUUAUUGAUAACUUCAACCAGCAAAAGAAAAAGAUAAGAGGAAAGGACAUCUUCAUGACAGAAGAACAAAAGAAAUAUUACAAUGCCAUGAAGAAGUUGGGCUCCAAGAAGCCACAAAAGCCAAUCCCCAGGCCUCAGAACAAAGUCCAAGGGAUGGUGUUUGAUUUUGUGACAAGACAAGUCUUUGACAUUUUAAUCAUGGUGCUCAUCUGCCUUAACAUGGUAACCAUGAUGGUGGAAACAGAUGACCAAAGUGCUGAGAAAGAAGAAAUCCUGUACUGGGUUAACAUAGUCUUCAUCGUUAUCUUCACGGGAGAGUGUGUCCUAAAAAUAUUUGCAUUGAGACAUUACUACUUUACUAUUGGAUGGAACAUCUUUGAUUUUGUGGUUGUUAUACUUUCAGUUGUUGGGAUUUUGCUGGCAGAUAUCAUUGAAAAAUAUUUUGUUUCACCAACCCUGUUUAGGGUGAUCCGGUUAGCAAGGAUUGGCAGGGUUCUCCGUCUUAUCCGUGGAGCAAAAGGAAUACGAACUCUACUUUUUGCACUGAUGAUGUCCUUACCAGCUUUGUUCAACAUUGGUCUUCUGUUAUUCCUUGUUAUGUUCAUUUACUCUAUAUUUGGAAUGUCCAAUUUUGCCUAUGUAAAGAAGGAGUCAGGAAUUGAUGACAUAUUUAACUUUGAAACAUUUGGGAAUAGCAUUAUCUGUUUAUUUCAAAUCACCACAUCUGCAGGAUGGGAUGGUCUUCUUAACCCCAUUUUAAACAGUGGUCCUCCAGACUGUGAUCCAGAAGCUGAAAAUCCUGGUAGCAGUGUGAAAGGAGACUGCGGUAAUCCAUCAGUUGGCAUCUGCUUCUUCUGCAGUUAUAUAAUUAUUUCAUUUUUGAUUGUUGUCAACAUGUACAUUGCCAUAAUUCUAGAGAACUUUAAUGUGGCUACAGAAGAGAGUAGUGAGCCUCUUUGUGAGGAUGACUUUGAGAUGUUUUAUGAAACAUGGGAAAAGUAUGAUCCAGAUGCUACCCAGUUUAUUGAGUAUAUUAGACUCUCAGAUUUUGUGGACACUUUGCAAGAACCUCUAAAGAUAGCUAAGCCUAACAGAAUCAAAUUAGUCACAAUGGACUUGCCUUUGGUAGUUGGUGAUAAAAUUCACUGCCUCGAUAUCUUAUUUGCUUUAACUAAAGAGGUUCUUGGGGAUUCUGGUGAGAUGGAUGCACUGAAAGAAAGCAUGGAGGCAAAAUUUAUGGAAGCCAAUCCAUCCAAAGUAUCAUAUCAGCCUAUCACGACCACAUUAAGAAGAAAGCAAGAAGAGGUGUGUGCUGCAAUUAUCCAGAGGGCUUACAGACGGCACUUGUUGAAGCGCUCUGUCAAGCAAGCUUCCUACAUGUACCGGCAUAACAAAGAUGAGGAUGACUGCAAUGAGGAAGCCCCUGAAAAGGAAGGUCUUAUUGCUGUUAAAAUGAAUGAAAAUUAUAGAAAGUCUGGUUUGGAUUCCGAAAAUGUUCCAGCCUUGGACUCAAAAAGUGCAGUGUCUCCUUCUCCAGAUAAAGAGAAAGAUCCAGAUGCUAAACGCAAAUUUCGGGAGUCAGUUGUAUAAUAUUUUUUUAAAUAAACUUCCAUUCACUGUAGCUGCUAGCAGACUAUAGCAUUUUGUGUUACUAAGAGGUAAGGGAACUAGAAAAUCCCACAGUAGAAGAUCUUGCAACUUCCCAUCUAAGUAACCCUGGGUGCUCUUGAAACAGCAGUAGAACUGGAAAACCUUGGUAAUAACUGUGAUGGGUGACACAUGUAGGGAUAGGCUGUUCUGUAACUGCAUAAAGCAAGUUCUGUAACUGCAUAAAAAAGUUUCCAUAUCUUUUGCAACCUUUCUUACAGAAUUAAUAAAUUAUUCAGUAUUUUAAUAGUACCUCAUAAGUAUACAAAAGUGUUUCAGGUAUUGAUAUCUUCCAAAGUACUGCUCACAGUCAGUUUCACUUUUUGCUUCCAAACUGCCAAUGGUGGUCUGCAGUAAUAAGGUAUCUGCGUGUGUAUUACUCUAUUUGACUAACAUGAACCCACUUCUCAAAUUUAUUUAAGGGAAGAAAAGGACAACAACAAAAGCAACUGCCAAAAGCGUAUGUCUUAUCGGGCAAAAUGAAUUGAAAAAGUCUUAAAUUAGAUGACUUUUGACUGUCUGGGGUAUUAAAAGUGCAUUGAAUAUUGUUCACUGUAUUUUUUACAUGCAAUAAUAAUGUCUUAAAGGCAAUCAUCUGUAACCAGGAUUUAAAAAUAUAUCUACCUUCUCAAAAGACUAAAGACUUUUCUUUUCUUUUUACACAGCAGCUAGUUUAGGUAGUGUGCCCAGUUCAUAAAUCAAAUUAAACUAGCAUUUUUGUUUUUUCAUCUACACAGACCUACUCACAUAUAAAGGGUGACAGCUCAUCGAAGUAAUCUGAUUUCUUAAAGAAAUGUUUCAAAUAAGGAAGAAAUUGAAACUUUUACUCAAUUAGUCUUCACUGCUGCUGCCAACAUAUUCAGUACAUUCAGUUUGUUGCUAUAGAACACGGACCUGGGAAGACCUACUGAUGUUCCCAGACCAAAACUAGGUAUGCAAUUAAUACUACAGUGGCCUACUUGUACUGACGUUGUCAGCUUAUGAAUGGGUUUUGAGCUAAUAAUCAUAUUGGCCUGCACUCUUUGUCUUACUCCACUAAGGGACAGGAAUAUUGUAGGCUUUGGCGUGCAGAAUGAUUUUGUUGUGAUGACACUUGCAAGAGUAAUGUCAUGAAGUCUUAUGCCCUCUGAUCAACCACAACAUGGCGUACUACAGCUCAGAAGCACCUGCGAGUUUGUAAACAGUCUGAUGUGGGCUAUGGAAUAAUAAUCUGUAAUGUCUCCUGUAUCACUAUCUCAUGGUAGUGAGCAAUGGAGUUUGCGGCUUUCUAAAUAUUUAAUUCUGCAGACUGUCAAAGAGGAAUUUCUCUAUAAUGGUAUGCUAAUGCAGCCAUGAUAGGGUAGUCUUUUGCAGGACACACAUACUUACACGUUACUGGAAAACUAAAGCAAUUUAGAGGAUCAGUAAUUUACAUUUUGGCUAGUCUUAGGGACAACAAAGGAAAUAAGAGAUACCAGCAAAUAUCAGGUAGACACAAGGAAGAUAUGCAGUUUCUUCACAGAAAGCACCCCAGCUGAAUACUAGAAUACAACACCAAGCUGUGAGCCAGCAUUACUGACCACUGCACCACUCUGCUGUCUCUCCUUACACUUAUACUCAAGAAAUAUAAUGCAGGAAUUGGUAAGGGAUUAUGCAUAUUAGUAACAGGUAAGAUACAGUGAGGUCUGGGCUACUGGGACAUCCACCCACAACCUAUGUGUAUUGUCAUGAGGCAUACUGAGAGACUCAGCAACAUAAGAAGUCAUGAAAUGUCAGUCAUGUUUUAUAACCCACACCAUGGAAUACCAAAUCAAUUAUAAUACACUUGUACUGAAAACCUGCUAACUACUUAUUUGAUAUUCAGUGUCUUCAAGAUGUGACCUCUUGUAGGAUCUAGCAAGUAUAUGAGAUGUAUUUUGGUCUUUCCAAUUACAGGACUUCAAAAACCCUGUUUUACAGUUUUAUAUAUACAUAUAAGUAUGAAUACAUAUAAAUAUUCAAAUUUAUAAGAACAAAUUUAUAAAUUAUAACAUAAUACAAAAAGGUGAUGCUGAAUUAAAAUAGGGCUGGAAGUCUGAAAUAACCACUGGAAGUCUGAAAGAAGUAAAUGAUUAAAGCAAACCCCUGAAACAUUUUGUAGCUCUAAAGCCAGGGGGGACACUGGUUACAAAACUGCAUGAAAGCUGGAUUAACACA